UAAUUGUUGUGAUAAACUUAUUAAAUAGAUAAUUUAAAAUGAUUUGAUUUAAUAAAUCAGAUUUAUAAUGAAUAACUUGAUCAGCAAACCAACGUUGCGAGGUUGGAAACGCUGCCCGUCGGAAGGUUGUGAUCAAUUCAUGGGAGUAAGAGCGAAAGUGUGUAAAAAGUGUUGGGUGAGUGACCUAAACGAGAGUUCAGGAGCUGAACUGGAGCUGCGGUCGAAAGAGUUAGUAGUGGAACUGCAGAACUCUUUCGGAAAUAGUUCUCAAAGAUAUUUUUUAGUUCGAACUAAAGUAGAAUCUUUGACAUCGUAUUGCGGAGUUGUCGUUAUGGAACAAGAAAUAUAUUCGAACUCAGACAUGCCGAUGUGUAAAGUAUAUUGCUACGUACCAACUUGCAUAAACCAGAGAUCGAAUGAAGAUAGAACUGUAAAUUGUAACCACGGACCCUUAUGUGCACAGGGAUCCGCUGUUCCUGCAAAAUGUUUAGCAAUUAAUUGGGAGUAUGUGUUUAAGAAAGUGCCUAACAUACCAGAAUCAGUCAAAAUUAAUUUAGCAUCUGUUAGAAAACUAGUGUCCGGUUUUGAUUUUGCGGCACAACCAGUCCAAAAAGUGGAUUCCUUAGUCUAUGCAGUUUUUGGACCGAAGUCGACAUCUGAACCCCACGGAAUAUCACAUGUGACUUUCAGCAAAACUAAAAAAGAGUAUUACUGUUCAUGUAUUUCCUUUUUCGAAUCGGGUAAUACGAGUUCAUAUGAGGAAGUGACCGGUCAAGUUAGGGUAUGUUAUCACGCGUAUCUACUUUUAGCCGCCUUUUUGUCCGAUUUCAAUUACAGAGAGAGGGUAAAGGUCACUUCAAUGUUUUGUCAUUUGUUUUUGCAAGAUGUAGUUGCAUCUAAAGUUCGAGAGGAACCGGGCCAAAUGUGGUCCAAUGACAACGACUCCCCUGAAAAUUAUUCAGAAGAUGAAAAUGAAUCCUUUGAGAAAGAAAACUCUAAACUGAACUCGAACUCAAAUGAGGUUUUAAUCCAAGUUGACGCAUAUAUUUGUAAUUUGAUACAUCAAAUGCGCGAUGCGUUGAAGCCUUUAAACAAGGAAAGUGUGGCACAAGCAUCGAUGAAUUUGUCAAUGCCAUCCGCUGUUUUCAAGAAAAUUGAGGGAAAAAUAGCAGGAAAGUUAGGAGAAAAUUGGAACCCGAUUCCACCGAAAAGAAGCAGAGAAAACGGACUGGAGAAGAAAGAUUGGGAAAUUUUAGUAUCGACCACAUUUAAUCAUAUGAUGACUUUGACAGAUGAUUACUUAAGGCAGAAAUACGGUUCGAAACUCAGCUUGGAAAAGUUUUUCAUGACUGACGCUAAAGAAGGCCAGGUAGAGGUGCGUAAAAGUAAAAUUGAAGGCCUGAUCAAAGACUGUUUUAACGAUUCGAGCGAAACUUCGAGUCCAAGUAAUCUGGAAAACAGAAACUGGAACGGAGAUUACACGCCUAAAAAUCCAUUACAAUCUAAUUUACCUAAAAACUUAACCGACUCGAAUGCUGUCAAUUCAGCAGAUUCCUUAAACCGAAGACAUCCGAGUUUUAGAAAAGUGACUCCGUCUUUUUUCUCGUCUCAAGUUGUGAUUGGCCGACAUCCUACUUUAUCACAACAGAUGCCAUGUUUAAUUGAGUGGGUAGAAACUUCACCUCAAUUUGGUAAUCUGAAGUUGACGUUUUGGUAUGCAAAGAAAGUCAAUGGUUGUUUUGUAUGAGUUGCAAUUUAGAUUAAUAAUUGUCUGGUAAAUACCAAAGAUGUUGUAAAUGGGUGGUUUCUAUUUAUGAGUUGAUUGAAGCUAAUUGAAAUGCUCACAAUAAUUUUCUUGAUAUCUUAA